AUGGAGCAGGCCUGCAAGGAGGGGGCGGGCAGCGGGGACCUCUGGGCCGCCUGCCCGCCUGCCCCCUGCCCCUUCUGGACCGCCAUCUUUGACUACGAGGCCUCGGCGGAGGAGGAGCUGACCUUGCGCAGGGGGGACUUGGUGGAGGUCCUCUCCAAGGACUCCACCGUCUCUGGGGACGAGGGCUGGUGGGCCGGGAAAGUCCAGGAGAAGGUGGGGGUCUUCCCCAGCAACUACGUGGCCAGUGACACCAAGUACGGCCGCCUGCAGGACUCGCUGGUCUGCCCGCCUCCGCUGGAGAUCUCCUUCGAGGAGCUGGAGCUGGAGGAGAUUGUGGGCGUGGGGGGCUUCGGGAAGGUCUACAAGGGGCUGUGGCGGGGGGAGGAGGUGGCUGUGAAAGCCAUCCGCCAGGACCCCGAGGAGGACCUGGCAGUGACGGCGGAGAACGUGCGCCAGGAGGCCCGCCUCUUCGCCAUGCUAAGGCACCCCAACAUCAUCGCCCUGAGGGCUGUCUGCCUCAGCCCCCCCAAUCUGUGCCUGGUGAUGGAGUAUGCCCGGGGAGGGGCUCUCAACCGUGCCCUGGUGGGCAGGAAGGUGCCCCCCCACGUGCUGGUCAACUGGGCCGUCCAGAUCGCCAGGGGUAUGAACUACCUGCACAACGAGGCCGUCGUCCCCAUCAUCCACCGGGACCUCAAGUCCAUCAACGUCCUAAUCCUGGAGCACAUCGAGAACGAUGACUUGGGCGGCCGGACCCUCAAGAUCACAGACUUUGGCCUGGCACGUGAGUGGCACAAGACCACCAAGAUGAGCGCCGCCGGCACUUACGCCUGGAUGGCCCCCGAAGUCAUCAAGCUCUCCCUCUUCUCCAAGAGCAGCGACGUGUGGAGCUUUGGGGUGCUGCUGUGGGAACUGCUGACUGGCGAGGUCCCGUACCGGGAGAUCGACGCCCUGGCGGUGGCCUACGGGGUGGCCAUGAACAAGCUGACCCUGCCCAUCCCCUCCACCUGCCCCGAGCCCUUUGCCCGCCUGCUGGAUGAGUGCUGGAGCCCAGACCCCCAUGCCCGGCCGGACUUUGGCUCCAUCCUACAGCAGCUGGUGGCCAUCGAGCAGUCUGCCAUGUUCCAGAUGCCCCUCGAGUCCUUCCACUCCCUGCAACAGGACUGGAAGGUGGAGAUUGCUGACAUGUUCUACGACCUGCGCGCCAAGGAGAAAGAGCUGUGUAGCCGGGAGGAGGAGCUCCUUCGGGCGGCUGAGGAGCAGAAGACUCAGGAGGCCGAGCUGCGCAGGCGAGAGCAGGAGCUGGCCGAGCGGGAGAUCGACAUCGUGGAGCGGGAGCUGAACCUCAUCAUGAUGCAGAUGGGCCAGGAGAAGCCCCGCGUCAAGAAGAGGAAGGGCCACUUUCGAUGCGCCCGCCUCAAGCUGCGAGACGGGAACCACAUCAGCCUCCCUUCAGGCUUUGAGCACAAGAUCACGGUCCAGGCCUCUCCCACCCUCGACCGGCGGAAAGGCCUGGGGGCCAACGGGGCCAGUCCCCCCGCAAGCCCCAUCAGCAUUCCACGGCUGCGGGCCAUCCGCCUGACCCCCCUGGAUGGGACCGGGACGUGGGGGCGCAGCAGCUUGGUGAAGAAGGAGGAACUAGUGGGGAGCAAGAAGAAAGGCAGGACGUGGGGGCCCAGCUCCACCCUCCAUAAGGAGAGGCUGGGAGGGGAGGACAGGUUGAAGUCCCUGGCAGAGGGGAGCAAGCAGUGGUCAUCCAGCGCCCCCAACCUGGGCAAGUCCCCCAAGCACGCCCCCCUGGCGGUGGGCUUUGCCAGCCUCACAGAGAUGGAGGAGUUUGCAGAGCAGGAAGUGGGCAGCAGCAGCCCCUGCUCCCCCUACCUGCCCCUCUCGCCGCCCCCAGGGGCCGAAGGCGCCACCAGCCUGUCACUGGAGGGUCCCAAGCGGGGGGCGCCCCCCUGCCACCGCCGCAGUGAACUGAUCCUGCUGGGCUGUGCCUCCAUCUUGGCCUCCAUCGCUCUUGGGGGCGACCUGGCCGAGCUGGCGGGGGAUGGGGCGGCCGGGGGCGGUCUGUCGGGCCCCCCCAGCUCCACCACGCUCCUGUCCCUCUCCUCGCUCUCCGACUGCAACUCCACCAAGUCCCUGAUACCCUCGGACAGCGACGAAGCCCCUGCCUGCGGGCCCCCCGAGAGCCCCCCACCCAGGGCCCCCCGCCACAACCCCCUUGUGGAUGUCACGGUGGAGAGCUUCAAGAAGGACCCCCGCCAGUCGCUCACCCCCACCCACGUCAGCGCCACGAGGGCCGUCAGCCGUGGGCACCGCCGGACGCCCUCAGACGGGGCCAUCCGUCAGGGGCCACCGGGGCCCGACUGCCGGGGCUCACAAGAAGCGCCGCCCUUCCCUCGCCUGCCGGAGCCCCCCUCACUCGUCCCAGCCCACCGCAAGGCCACAGAGCACCUCGCCCCCAACACCACCCUGUCGCCGGUGGAGCGCCCCCGGACCCUGGCCUUUGCCCCCCGGCCGCGCCCAGCUCCAGGGCGCCACCGCAUCGACCCCUGGAAGCUCGUCUCCUUUGUCCGGACGCAGGGGGGGCCCUCCUCUUCCUUGCCGGGUGAGCCCACCAAGGGAGCCCGGCAGACCCUUCUUGACAUGGACAUGGAGGGGCAGAACCGGGACAGCACCGUCCCCCUAUGUGGGGGUCAGGCCUCCUGCUGCGGCGGACUGGAGGGAGACAUCUCCCACUGAUGUGGCACCCCUCUCCGGACCGGACCCACCCCACACCGGCCGGAAGCUCCAGGGGCAAGGCUGCGUCUCUCUGGGUCCCGGAGACGGGUGGACCAUGUGGGGCAUUGUAUUUAUUGAUGCUGGGGAAUCCCAGGCACUUAAGUGAUGAGCCCAAAGGACAGCUCCUUUCCAAACAAUGCAACAGCCCAGCCAGUUGGGGGCGCUGGGCUGAUGUUCUGCCCCACAGAUGUGUGUCUGUGUGCGUGAGAGAGAGAGAGCAUGAGAGAGCAGGUGGAUCUCCCGAGUCGUAUCCGAUCCAAGCACCUCUUGUGAUUC